AACAUAGCUUGCAUAUAAAACCAACUGUUUUGUCUCUCCACAACAUCUUUUGUUGUUGUAGUUGUGUUGAAAAGAUUCACCCAGAUGUUGUACAGUUGCGGAGUAGUAUAUACUCUCCCAACUGUCACUUCCUCUUGCCGCCAAUUUCACACCCCUCUUUUCAAGAAACACCCAAUUCAACUCCUCCCCCUCAAAACCCUAAAACCCAAAUUCACCUGUUCUGCCUCGAUUGAUGAUGCUGGGCCUCCAAGAAAUUGGGAAAAAUGGUUGCCCAAGAAUCUGUUUUCGGCGGAGAAGGUGUUGAAAUCGAUAUCCGAAGCCACUUCUAGUCCUAUUUGUCAGUUCAUUUCUUCCCCAAUUACAUUCUUGCAUACUGUGGACCCCAGAAUCAAAUUGGCAUGGCUAGUUGUUCUAGUUGUUUUACCAGCAAGAAGUCAUAUUCUCAUGCGUUUUGGAUUAGUUGCUUACCUGAGUUUAUUGUCUAUAUUGAUUCUUCCGAGGCAUGUAUGGAUGGAUCAAUUAGGAAGAGUGUCACUCCUGUCUGGGAUAUUAUUUAUAAUGUUGGGGCUAGGUGCAGAUGGCGCACCUCCAGUUGUGCAAUUAAGAACCCCGCCACCGUCAAUGAUGGGAUUACCGAGUCUUCCAGCAUCUUUGGAAGGUUAUUCGUAUAUAAUCAUGAAAUUGGGGCCAUUGCAGCUUACACGGAAGGGCUUGUCAGUGGCAAGCACAUCGGCAUCUCUAACUUUCAGCAUUUUUCAAAGUGCGAGCCUGUGUCUCUCCACUACAACUCCGGAGCAACUUGCAUUUGCUCUGCAAUGGUAUAUGCGCCCUUUGGCAUAUAUUGGAGUUCCAGUUGCCGAGGUGAUCCUUACGCUCCUACUUUCACUGAGGUUCAUUAAUCUUGUUUUUGAUGAGGUGCGCGUAGUUGCGCUGGGUAUUGUAUCUCGCAGGAUAUAUUGGGAGAAGUUUACAGCUUUAGAGACAAUUGAAGUUUUCUUCACAUACAUCCGGCGGAUCUUCAAUAACAUAUUCAGUCAUGCAGAACAGAUUUCUCAGGCAAUGAAUGUUAGAGGUUUUAGAGGUGACAGCAACACGCACAACAUUUACUUCUCAUCGUUGUCUUCUAAUAGCAUGGCCAACAUUCUGUCCAUAAUGUGCCUUGUCUGCCUUGUUGGCGCUGCUGCUGUAUCAGAUUGUUUUGUCUGAAAAUGUUGUCAAAAAAGGGUUAUGUUCUUCAUGUUUAUCUUCCGUCUGUAUAGACGAACUCCAAGUAUUAUCUUCAUUUGGCAAUUGGAGAGCAGUGCUGGGGAUGUAGUAACUUUAACUUCCCUGGAAGUAUGUCAAAUUAAUAUUUAUAUAGGAAAUAGGACUUCAUGGAAAGUGAAAAUUUCAGCAACCAAACAGAUUUAUGAACUUUGUAGACAUUAUAUGUUCCAAUCGAAUCAAAUACUAAGAUGGAAUUGGUAUCA